CACAAAACUGCUGCUUCCGCACUGCUUCCUUGUUCAUAAGUUUUAGGGAAAACAAGUGCCUUAAGAAGAGGAAACAAAGUCUGUUUUCUUUCUUUCCAAACGGUUGAAGCUAAUCCGAAACGCUUUGAAACCCUCCAUGACGGCAUUUGAGCUCCAGCACUGAAUCCAGGAUCUAACAUUUGUUUACACCACAAGAAAGUCUGAGUUCGGGUUCAGUUCUGAAUGGCCACAGCUGCAGAGGAACCUCCAGGGCUGCAGGGCACCUCUGGAUAUUCGAGUGGGGUGAGGAAAAAUGCUUCCCCCGAGGGACCGAGCACAACAAUGUCUCCCAACAUGAAGAAAACCAUCGGCCAUCGGGGAAUUGAUCCAACUGGUGAGACUACUUACAAGAAGACGACCUCGUCGGCCCUGAAAGGAGCCAUCCAGCUAGGCAUCACGCACACUGUUGGCAGCCUGAGCCAGAAACCUGAACGAGACGUGCUCCUGCAGGACUUUGAAGUAGUGGAAAGCUUCUUCUUCCCCAGCGAGGGCAGUAACUUGACGCCCGCCCACCACUAUGGAGACUUCAGGUUCAAGACGUACGCCCCAAUCGCCUUUCGCUACUUCAGGGAGAUGUUCGGCAUCCGGCCUGACGAUUACAUGUACUCUCUGUGUAACGAGCCCUUGAUUGAGCUGUCCAACUCUGGAGCCAGUGGAUCUCUCUUCUACCUCUCCAUUGACGAUGAGUACAUCAUUAAGACGGUGCAGCACAAAGAGGCUGAAUUUCUGCAGAAACUACUUCCGGGAUACUUUAUGAACCUGAACCAGAACAAGCGGACCUUAUUGCCGAAGUUUUACGGACUCUACUGUGUCCAAGCUGCGGGAAAGAACAUUCGCAUCGUAGUCAUGAACAAUCUGCUCCCGAGCACUGUACGGAUGCACCUCAAGUACGAUCUAAAGGGCUCGACCUACAAGCGACGGGCCUCGGCUAAAGAGCGAGAGAAGGCCGUGCCCACGUACAAAGACCUGGAUUUCAUGCAGUACAUGCAAGAAGGGCUGCUAAUGGAAGUGGACAAGUACAGUGCGGUUUGCAAGACCAUCCAGAGAGACUGCCUGCUGUUGCAAAGUUUUAAGAUCAUGGAUUACAGCCUUUUGGUUGGAAUCCACAAUUUAGACCAGGCUUGUCGAGAGCAGGCCACUGAAGAGGCGGGGGCCGCAGCCGCAGACCAAAGGAGACCCCAAGGCCAGAAGUCCCUCUACAGCACCGCCAUCGAGGCCAUCCAGGCUGAGGCAGGAGGAAUGGGAUCAACGGGUUCAGAGGACCAAACUGGAGGAAUCCCAGCACGAAAUGCAAAAGGCGAGAGGCUGCUGGUGUAUAUUGGUAUUAUUGACAUUCUGCAGUCCUACAGAUUAGUAAAGAAGCUUGAACACUCGUGGAAAGCUCUGGUUCAUGAUGGGGACACUGUGUCAGUACACAGACCAAGUUUCUAUGCAGAUCGCUUCCAGAAGUUCAUGUGCAACACAGUCUUCAGGAAGCUCUCAUUAAAGUCCUCCCCAUCUAAGAAGCGUCGUGCGCUGACACAGGGUCCUCUGAGGAAGUCAGCUGGCUCUGGGCCUUCUCUGUCGACACAAACAAGCACCAACAGCCAGCACGCUUUCCUCCAACAUCAACUCAGUUCAGACACCAAAGAAGAUGCUGAAGUAGACAACGGCAUGCAGCCAGGUCGCCCCGACCUCCUCCCUAACACCUCACUGCCAAGCGAAGGUGUUGGCAACGCUUCUGAAACCACAAACUCCUUCUCCUCCUCUUUGGAAAACUCUGAAUUUGCUCCCUCUAGUCAGCCUUCGCCUCGCUCUCAGAACAGCAGCCGGUCGGCGGGAGUGGAUUUAAACAACCUGUUGAUCAAAGCCCAGGAGCACAGCACCCCCAAGAGCUCUCAGGUUGGGCCCCUUGAAGACAGCAUUGGUUCUGUGGAUGUGAUCUCUCUUAGUGACAUUGUUCCUAAUGCAGGCAAAUGCUCAGUAAGUAGAAAAAAAAUCCUCUCCGGUUUACACUUUUUUUUAACUUUUGCUGGGUAACCAGUUUUAUUUCUUUUGCUUUACAGGUAUAGAUGUGGUAAAGAAUUAUGGAACCAAACUAAUGGAAUAAAACUUUGAGGGCGUUAUGAGCGUGGAUCUAAUGUUACAGCCACCCACUCCCAUCCCCCACCCACCCCCACCCCCGGUGUGAUUUGAGGUACCAUGAAUGAAAAUCUGUGUAGCAGAAUGACCAAGUGGGAUGUUGUUUUCUUUUUUGUUCUUGUCAUUGUUUUUGCACUUUGAUUCCAAAUAUGAACUUGUUUGUGUGUUGUUAUGUUCUGACACUAGUAAUUGUGGGUACAUUAAUGCUGCGUGGUUAUCGAACACUAUUACUCAUCUCAGAGGAACACUAGGAUGCACAACCAAAGAUUGUUCUUGGCACUGAUGUGCACGAUGUGAGGACGUAUUUCUGAACAAAAGUUCUUUACCCAAGCCUAGUUGUUCAAAAUAUAUUGUCUGAAUUUUUUUUGGUAUAAAUUUCUGUUUUAUGAGUACGAAAUUGCUGUAGCAUGUCUUAACAUGUUCUGCUCGACUCUGUUAAUUUCUCUUUCACCACCCAAAAGCCCAAAUGUUUAGAGUAUCUGCCAAAUUUUCCACUCACAUGCUUUAACACAAAACCGUUUGACUUGUAUUGGGUAUACAGGUUAAAAUAAAAGGAUAUAUUUUAAAAGAUAUUACCGUAUUCAUAAAGGGUAAAUGGACAAAUUUCAAACUUACUCUGAAUGCAAAUUAUGCUGGAAAAAGCAUUGAUUCUCUUUAACCAGGUGUUGUAACCUGUUGUUGGACCUGAAAGACUGGCAGGCUGUCAUCUUCCAUGUUUAGGUCAAAGGGUUAUUUAAGAAGGAGGUAGUGUAUUUCAAAACGUACACACUGUAGAAUUUAGCAUCAGUCUAUCAUUGAUCUAAUACUAAGAUGUUUGUGGACAGGGCAGUGAAAAGACGGGGACCCAGAGGUCUGUCUCAUGAAGCAGGACAAGUGUGUUGGAGUGUAAAGUCUUAAGCGCACCUUGUUGUUCUCGGUGUCAGAAAUCCUGCUGAGUUAUGUGAACCAACAGAGCAGAGCAAACCCUCACCGACAUAGUGUGCGGAGUCAUGUGUGCUUACAGGGUCUCUGUUAACAAUUACACAACAUUACAUAAAAGUGUCAUGUAGCAAAGAGCUCAAAAUGACAAUAUUACAAACUUGGUACAAUCACUGUUUUUCAUUAAGAUGUUAGUAGUUGGAGUUAGCUUAAGGUUAAUAUUUGUAUUAUUAAGCAGAUGUCCCACAAAGACUGUAAACCUGUCUCCAAAAGAGCACAGUGUAGAUAAUUGUUAGGUACUUCCUGUUGUAAAUAAAAUGUGCUUUUUCCUAGAAUUUGUAUGUGCGUACACUAAACACUGCAGCCUUGUUCAGUUUGGACCUGAGGAUAGAGAGAUUCAAAGUAUCAGCCUCACCUUUAUCAACCCAUUGGCUAUUUUUACAGCCGGAGAGUGUUGGCACUGUGAAUGUUAUCACUGGGGUUUCUGUGUGAGUGUUAGCAUAGCCUUAGUAGUAUUACAUCUUUGUAAUUUCAAUCCAAUUUUUUUCUGUUCCGAUCCGAUACAUAUGAACCGAUACUGAUUCAGAUAUUUUUAUUAUCAUAACUAAAAGUGUUAUUGUAAGGGUUGUUGUUGGUAUUAUGAGUAAGGCUACACAAAGCAGUAGUAAAACCAGCAUUGCAUUGUGCUGGCUUCAGUGUAAGCACAACACUGUACUUUUGAUCACAUAGAAGGAGCUGUUCCGUCGUCAUGGAGACGAUUUGUGGACACUUCCUACAGUUCAGUCUGAACGGCUUCAAAGUGAGACUGUGCAAGUUCAGAAUGUUGUAAGUGUCCAACUUCUUAAUCAGUGACAUGGAUUGGCGACUUAAGUCUGAUAUCCGAUCUGUAAAUAACGUCUAUAUCGGACCCGAUACCGAUAUUAGAUCUGAUUGGUCCCAUCUCUAGUGGAAAGGCAUAGAAAGACCAGGCUGCUUUUACAGAAAUUAGGGUUGUAACCCCAAGCAUUUUUUUCUUCUUGUCUAAAGAAACAAAGUUUUUUUCGAAAAAGAAAAAUUAUCAGUUUAGGUUAGAGGGAUAUUUGACUUUGCUGCUUAAGAUUUGGACAUAACAAAACUGGCAGGUACUGCAUUUUCUUAAUUUUUUUUUUUUUUACUCUUUCGCAGUAGUUUGCUGGUCAUAAUAUGGACAGCUCAAACUUUAGUUUUCUAUUACCUUAACUUUCAUUCAUGUCAAUCACAUAUUAGAGCCUACUAAUGAUGAAUCAGAUUCAUCAUGUAUUGGUUGUUGAUUGUUAAGAUUCCUGUUCCUACUUUUUACAUGUCAGUGAUUAUUCAUAUUAUUUGUUAUUUUAUCAUUAUAUACAUUUUUUGAGUCACUAGCUAAAAGAAGUGAUGGCUGCCUGAUCUGUAAAAGCAUAAAAGACCAAAUGUUUUUUUUAGAAUCAAACUGGUAGAUAUAGUAGUAAGAGUUGUUCAAAUGCAGUUGUUUUUGACACUCAAACUUGGAUAUUUUGAUUAGGUCAAGAUUUAUCAAAUUGUUCAACAUUGGAGAAUGCAAAACAAAUAAGCUAGAAGUGAUAUUUUGUUUAACAGUGCAAAACAAAUGAUCUGAAAAUGUUUCAGCUAUGCAACAAAAUUAUUUGUGUACUCCAUUUUUGACGAAAGUGCAAUAAGUAAGAUGAAUUGACUUAUUCUUAUAAAAAUGAAAUUAACAAGGCUCAUUUAAGAAUUUUUGUAAGAUUUAUUUUUGAGCUUGUAUGCCUUUAUUUUGAGAGGACAAGUGGAUAGAGUAGAAAAUUAGGGGGAGAGAUUGGGGAAUGAUAUGCCGGAAAGGAGCCACGGGUUGGACUGGACUUGAACCCAUGGCCGCAUGCUUGGAGGACCAUUUAUUUUGUACGUGGGGGGGCGACCUUACCGCUAGGCCAGUGCUGCCCUAUCAUUUUAGCAUUUUGAUUAAUAUUUUCAUUGGUAGGUGGAAAUAAUUUUAUUGUGUUGGUUGUUAAAUCAAACUGUUCCAAUAUUGAAAGUCCUCCUAUUUACACACACACACACACACACACACAGCCUAUGAACCAAACAUGUAAAUAGUUGUAUGUAUUAUAGUAUUUAUAACUGUAAGUAAAACUCUGGUUUCCAAAAUGUUUAUAAAUGUUGAUGUUUAUAAAUGUGCCUUUCUUUGGCACAACAAACCUGUGUCUAUGGGUUGUAAAAGUCUUUUGUUCUUUGCAAUGAUUUUUUGUAUCACCUUGGGUGCUUUAAUCUACCUUCUCUUGCCUUCAAAUGAUAUACAGUUAAUAUGUGCACCUCUGUAUACAAGAAUCAUAACAAUGCCUUUUCACUGAAGAUGUAUUUUACCUGUGUUCUCUUUGUUGCUCUGUUUGGAAAAUGUUGUUUUCUUUACACUUGUGCCUACAGUCUUAGAUACAAAAGACUAAUUGAUUUUGUUUAUAUUGCAUUAUUCCGAUUGUUGAGUAUCUCAUAGAGUUAUGCAAUGUAAAUGCAAAGUACAGUGUCGGACAAAUCUUAAGUUAUCAACUGUUGGAUAAUUGUACUGUUGAUAAUAAGGUAUCCCUUUGUAUUUAUUGGUGUUUUUCUCCCUUGCAUUGUUGCAAACCAAUAAACAUGACUGGGUUAUGAAAA